CCUGCACGCGGCGUAACCAGAUGCACGCCCCUGGGUCUCAGAGCAGCGAGCCAGAGCUGCAGAUAAACCCGGCCAGGUCGCCACGACCUCCCUCGAUUCCCUUUGUCAUUCCUCAAGUUACCUCCAUCCCGCCCCAAAGGUCACAAGGACAGAAACUUCCCCGCCCGAUCCUGGUGCUCAGAGAUCCUCAGCCCCUCCCCCUGCCCCCUGCACUCGCACAGCUGCCACCCUGUCCCAUGUCUACAGGAGCUCCUCCGGGUUUCGGGAUCCGUCCUCCCUGCCUGUUCUGUCCUUGUCGCCGACUUGCGUGUGCCUUGCAACUUCCGAGCCGGAAACUUCCUGGCCGGCUAAGGAGCAGGGCACCCCCUCCGGCUAGAGAAGGCGUCCGGAAUAGGAUUCCUCCGCGGAUUACGCGGCGCCAUCGGCACGCAAGGCCAGCCUGGGCGGCCAGGAAGCCCCGGGAGCGCACGCGAGCGGCGGCGGGAGGCCCGGGCUUGCGUGACCCGCCGGCUCCCAGCAGCACGCACUUCGUGCUGGGGGCACAGGUGCUGCAGGGCGGAGCCGCCGUCCACUUUACAACCCGGGGACCGCAGUCACGAUAGGUUUGUGGGUGGGGCAGCCAGUUCACCGUGUCUUGGUGUUAUCGGAACACCGGUAACCUGGGCAGUAAAACCUGCUCAGACAGAUGCAUUAAUCCAGUCGGGAGCCGGAGCUGCUCUGUCAAUAGCAAUAAGCCGCAGAAACUUUCUAAGGAAUGGGUUAGGCCCAGAGGCACAGUUCACAAGUCCCGAGAUGUGCUGACAAAGGAAGCAGAACAAGGCAGAGGCGUUGGGAUGCAAGUGUUGCUCAUUGGAACAAAACUUCAUUUCAGAAAACAGUCGUGAUCCUUUGGUCUCAUCCUUCCCAGAAGCACU